AUGAAGAAAGUCAUAACGCAAUGGUACGGCGAAAAAGUCAAACAAUCGCCCGAUUAUGGGCGAAUUAUCAACGACAAUCACUUCAAACGCAUCGUCAAGUUGUUGGAAGGAACAAAAAUUGUUUAUGGAGGAGAAUAUGACUCUAAUGAGCGUUACAUCGCACCGACGAUUGUAGUCGAUGUAAAACCAACAGAUCCUAUAAUGCAGGAGAUUUUCGGCCCGAUUCUGCCCAUUAUUACCAUAGAUAACACAGUCGAUGCCAUUAACUUCGUCAAUCAAGGAGAAAAACCCUUAUCUUUGUACGUGUUCUCGAACAAGAAGACUGACAUUGAUUUGUUCAUUAAGAACACGUCGAGUGGCGGUGUUUGUAUUAAUGAUACCAUGAUGCACUUCUCGUGUGAGAGUUUGCCCUUUGGAGGGGUUGGUAAUAGUGGGCUGGGGGCCUACCAUGGCAGGUACAGCUUUGAUACGUUCACACACAAGAAGGGAACGCUUGUUAAGAAUGCAGGCAAGUUGGGUGAGAAGUUGCAAAAUGCGAGGUAUCCACCCUAUAAUGAAAGUAAGGCCAAGUUUCUUAGUACCAUGUUGAAGAAACGGCCAACGAUUCCGAUGACGUACAUGUGGCAUUUUAUCAGUUUUGGGCUGGGGGUUGUGGCCACUUUGGCGGCGAAAUGUGCGUGUAAUUACAUGGAGUAUAAGAAACAUAAGAAUCAGUUUUGAGGUUUUUGUAAUUACUAUUGAGUUUAUAUUGUUGUUUGUAAUAUUAUGUUUAUAAUAAAAUUUGUGGAUUUCUA